AUGGCGUCUUCAUAUUAUAAUAAAAUGCUGGAGAACUUUAAAAACAACAGUAAAAGUCGCGAGUUUCCAGCACACAGCGCUAAAGUUCAUUCUGUAGCGUGGAGCUGUGAUGGAAGAAGACUGGCUUCUGGUUCAUUCGAUAAAACCGCCAGUGUGUUUCUCCUCGAGAAGGACCGAUUGGUGAAAGAGAAUAACCACAGAGGACAUGGUGACAGUGUUGACCAGCUGUGUUGGCACCCAACCAACCCAGAUCUGUUUGUUACUGCAUCUGGAGACAAAACUAUCAGGAUCUGGGAUGUACGCACUACCAAAUGCAUGGCCACAGUCAGCACGAAGGGUGAAAACAUCAACAUAUGUUGGAGUCCUGAUGGACAAACCAUUGCUGUUGGGAAUAAGGAUGAUGUGGUGACUUUCAUCGAUGCUAAAACUCACCGUCCCCGUGCUGAAGAACAGUUCAAGUUUGAAGUCAAUGAAAUCUCAUGGAACAACGAUAAUGAUAUGUUCUUUUUGACCAAUGGAAAUGGCUGCAUUAACAUUUUAAGCUACCCUGACCUAAAGCUCAUUCAGUCAAUCAAUGCCCAUCCUUCCAACUGUAUCUGUAUCAAAUUCGAUCCCACCGGCAAGUAUUUUGCUACAGGAAGUGCAGAUGCUUUGGUUAGUUUGUGGAAUGUUGAAGAGCUGGCGUGUGUUCGCUGUUUCUCCAGGCUUGACUGGCCAGUGCGAACCUUGAGUUUCAGUCAUGAUGGCAAAAUGCUGGCAUCAGCCUCUGAAGAUCAUUUCAUUGAUAUUGCUGAAGUAGAAACAGGGGAGAAACUCUGGGAGGUGCAGUGCGAGUCUCCUACCUUUACUGUUGCCUGGCACCCAAAAAGGCCGCUGCUGGCGUACGCCUGUGACGAUAAAGACAGCAAAUACGACAGCAAUCGGGAGGCAGGGACUGUUAAACUGUUCGGCCUUCCUAAUGACUCUUGAUGAGCAACAUGAUACAUGUGGACCUCGCUUUAACAUCUGCACCAGCUGUAGGGGCAUUCUAAUAUCUUUCUACACACUGUCAUUGCUCUAAAAGAGAGAGAAAACAUCUUUAUCAAAUGCAAGUUGUUACUUGUUUUUUUUUUUAAAACCUCGGACACAUUCCGAUCCAGUCCUUAAACAGCAUGGUAAUGUUAACAUAACAGUGUGAAUAAUUGUUAUUUACAGUCUUUUAUUGCAAGUGUGAAUAAUAAUGAUUUACACUUGAAUAGUGAAUAGUUUGAAAACAUGAACAUGCAGCUGUAAGUGUACGUUGGAAAAUGCCCACUAGAGGUCACCAUACAUUCUUUCUAAAGUGUUUAAAUUCCAUUUUUAUUUAACCUUUUUUUUGUAUGGUAUUAUAUUAAACGAGCAAUGUUUUGUAUCAUUA